AUGUCUACACCUUCCGAACACUCAGCACCGACCGCCAAGUCGCGACCAGAGUCUUUGCUCACUGUCACUGUCGCUGGCGACGUUGCCCCCUCCAUGAAGUCCAAAGAGGUGGACAACUCCGAUGCCGGCUCUCUCCCCGCCACUACCAUCGGUCUUCCUCCAGGCGCCACCCGCAAGGGCGACACCCUCAUCAUCGAUUGGGAUGGCCCCGAAGACCCCGGGAACCCAAAGAACUGGACGCAAUUCAAGAAGUGGCGAUCAAUGAUCAUUGUCUCUUCAUUCACAUUCAUUUCUCCGGUUUCCUCCUCUAUGAUUGCCCCCGGGAUGGCGCAACUGCAAGAAGCCUUCGGUAUCACAUCUACCGCAUUGUUGGCCAUGACUACCAGUAUAUUCGUGUUGGCAUACGCCUUUGGACCUUUGUUGCUUGGGCCCCUCUCCGAGAUGUACGGUCGGACGCGUGUGUUGCAAAUCGCGAACAUGUGGUAUCUAGCUUGGAAUCUCGGUUGUAGCUUCGCGCAGAGUCAAGGACAGCUCAUCGCCUUCCGUUUCCUGGCGGGACUGGGCGGGUCCGCACCGCUAGCUAUUGGCGGCGGUGUCAUUGGCGACCUCUUCACUCCUGAGCAGCGAGGCCAGGCUAUAGCUAUCUACUCCUUGGCGCCCCUCUUGGGGCCCGUCAUCGGUCCAAUCUGUGGUGCUUGGAUUGCUCAGAAGUCCACAUGGCGCUGGGUCUUCUGGUCGACAACGAUUGUCGACGCGACAGUGCAGUUGUUGGGUCUAUUCUAUCUUCGUGAGACAUAUGCGCCCGUCCUUCUUGAACGACGAGCGGAGGCACUUCGGAGAGGUACCGACGUAGAGAAGAACGUCGAGAUUCUCACAGUCUAUGAAGAGAAGAUGAGCCGAGAUUGGAAGGUGGUCAUGAAGAAGGCUCUCGUCCGGCCGCUGGUUCUUUUCUACCACGAGCCCAUCAUUCAGCUUCUCGGCGUCUACAUGGCUUUGAUCUAUGGCAUACACUACUUGUCGCUGACAACUAUCCCCGGGAUCUUCCAAGGGGUCUACCACGAACCUAUCGGCAUCGCUGGACUCAACUACAUUGCUCUCGGCAUCGGCAUUACAGGAGCGUCGCAGAUCAACGCCCGUAUGCUGGAUUUCAUCUACCGCAAGCUCAAGGAGCGCAAUGGUGGUGCCGGAAAGCCCGAGUACAGGCUACCUGCCAUGUUCCCCGGCACAGUCAUUCUACCCGUUGGCCUUUUCAUGACGGGGUGGACCGCUCGCGCCGAUGUCCAUUGGAUUGUCCCUGACAUUGGCAUCACGUUGAUCGGCGCGGGUCUGAUCCUUCCUUACCAGGCCAUACAGACGUACAUCAUCGACGCAUUCACCCUUCAUGCCGCUUCAGCAUUGGCAGCAGCGGCCUUCCUUCGCAGUGUGUGCGCCUUCAGUUUCCCGCUAUUCGCCCCUGCAAUGUACUCUGCCCUUGGCUACGGGAAGGGGAACUCCAUUCUUGGAGCGGUCGCGAUCGUUAUCGGCUGCCCCGCACCCUACCUCUUCUGGCACUACGGCGAGCGCAUCCGCAAGGCGAGCCGUUUCGCGCACAAGUCCUGA